AAUUCUUAAACCAAAAAUAUGGAAAAGAUCUAUAAGGCAAAAUUGAAAAAGGUGGUGCAAGUGUGGUAUGCGCUGGCUGAGUUCCAGCAGGAGCUGUAUCCUGAAAAUUCCGCCGGCACUAGUAAAGUUGAGUCGGGCGAUAUAACUUUGGAAGAGAUUGGAUUAUCCGUGAAUGCUGGGGAAUUCGAAAACCUUCUACAGUCCGUUGAUAUUGAACAGCAUCUCGCUAGUCCCAAGGAUCUGCCGGUGAGCACAUUUCAUCCAUCCAAGGCAUGCACUCAAUCGCUAAUUACAAAAGUUCCGAAAAAAGCCAUGCAAUUCAACUGUGUUCAGCGCGCAGUCGAAACGCAAGAGAGUAAGGCGAAACGAAAUAAAGCGGUGAAACUUCGAUACAACCGGCACAAGUAUAUGGAUAACAAGCAGUACUCGGAGCUUGAUGAUUUGGUUCCGUAUAGAGAAAUGUUGCUCCAACUUCGGUUCUAUGAGCCAUUCAAGUACAAAGUUGGCCGUGCUUUGGGUCACCCGAAGUUCAGUCAGGAAUACUACGUUCUCAGCUCACAGUAUUUGACCGCCUUGAAAGAUAAGAUUCUUUGCAAAUGCGAUGAUGGGCCUUAUUAUGAUAUCAGUAAUACGGGAGCACAACCAAACGAGCAGGAUGCUCAGCCGAUGCCAAAGUCUGGAUUUUUCUUUAUACACGAUACAUUCUACAACGACCUGCGGGAAGAAUCAAACUAUGACUAUUCGGAAGUAGUCCGGAAGUGGGCUGAACGACAGCAGAUGAUAGGUGAGCUACGGUCUGCACGGAUGGAAGAUACACGCUUUGGAGAUCUGAAAUUUCGCAUUGGAUAUCCUCAGCUUUAUCAGCAUCAAGGGAAUUGCGAGCAUAUUUUUGUGGUUUCCGAUUGCCGCUUGCUGACGCCUUCCGAUGUGCUAUCAAGCGCUCGUUAUCCCAUUUUAAACUCCUUUAGUUUUCCCCGUGAUGUUCCAUGCAACAUAUGUGGACACACCGAAGCGCAGUUUAUCCUAAAAAAUAGCAACCGACACAUUUUCGAUCCGGCUUACAUAUGCGGUGCUUGCUUAGAAUCGUACCAUUACAAGGACGGUCAAAAGAUAGGAGAGUUCGAGCUAUAUAAAUUUUCGGGCACAAAAUUUACUUUGAAAGACGAUGAAACAGCGCUUUCUGAUUCGAACGAGUAAUAAAGAACUAAGAUUACUCAAGAGA